AUGACAAAUAAUUUGACAGAAUCGACUGGAAACUUUAAAAUUAAAAAAUAUGAUUUUACUGAAUUUUCUAAUUUAGAAGAAAUCGGUAGAGGUGCAUUCGGGACUGUAUAUAAAGUAGCGUGGGGAAAUUUAACUAUCGCUCUUAAAAACGUUAAUAGAACUAUUAAUACCAAUAAAUCCAAAAUUAAUGGUUUUGAUAAGGAGCUUCAUACUUUUGCAAAACUUGGUAAAAAAAAGGGAGGGAUAUGGGGAUGCUAUCUAUGUGAUUAUGAAAAUCCAAUUAAAAUUGACAAUGGAUUUCAAGGAUCUCAAAAAUCUCAAGUAAAAAAAUUUCAAAUAGAAGAAUUCGAAGUGUUCCAAUAUUUAUAG